AUGACCGGCCUUGUCUAUGACCCCGAGUACGCCAAGGCCAUUGAGCCCUUCGCGAAUGCACCCCGGUCAAACCCUACCACAGCGCUGGAAAUGCGAGUUGGCACCGACCUCUUCCUCUCAAGUGUCUUGCCAAAGCUCCCGCCUGGCGACAGAAUCCAGCAGACCAUCUACACUAUCCAGAGCUACGACGGCGCAGAGCUUCAGCUGCGCCGCCUUGCUACCCCGGAGCAUAUUGCUGCGUCAACGCCCCAACCUGCGGUCCUCGCCAUUCAUGGCGGUGGCUACAUCGCUGGCAAUGCCGAGAUGUGCACGGGGCUGUACGCCCAGGAUGCCCUCGACGGCGAUCGUCCAGUCUUUGCCAUUGGGUAUCGCCUUGCGCCGGAGCAUCCCGCGCCGACAGGUGCCGAGGACGCGUUCGCAGCCUUCAAGUACAUCUCAGAGCACGCCGCGGAACUAAACAUUGACCCCGCGAGAAUCGCAGUCAAGGGCGAGAGCGCGGGAGGGGGCAUCGCGGCUGCGGUUGCGCUCAUGGCUCGAGACCGCGAGUUCAGCCCUGGGCCGGCGAAGCUGAUCAUGGUCUACCCCAUGCUGGACGACAGGACCAACCCCCCCGCGGACUCUGGCUUCCUGAAGCUGGCGACGUGGUCGCCGGAGAAGAACAGAUUGGGCUGGGGUGCGUAUGUCGGCGAGGACAAGGUGGGCAAGCCAGAUGCAGACGUCUCCCCGUAUGUGGCGCCGGCUAGGGCGAAGUCCCUGAGGGGCCUGCCCUCCACGUAUAUUGAUGUUGGGACUCUGGAUAUGUUCCGCGAUGAAGGCCUUGAGUUUGCGCAGCGAUUGAUGCGGGAUGAUGUUGAGGUCGAGUUCCACCUCUUGCCUGGUGUACCGCACGCCUUUGACAUCGUCGCGGUGGGUUCUAAGAUACAGCUCAGAGCAGCAGAGGCCAGAGCAGCGGCCUUGAGGUCGUUUUAA